AUGACAGAGCUAUUCGGUCAACAAGAGAAAGUCAUGACUGUUGACCCAGCGAUAUGGGGUGUCAUGGGGAGAGGAAAUGUGAGCAUUCCAGACGAAGAGCUAAAACGCAUGUUCAGCUGUAUUACUAAGCGAAUUAUAAUGCUUCCGGUGAGCUGCAACGGCACGCACUCGUGUGGUAUCAUGGUCGACUCAGCUAUGACAACUAUCAAGUACUAUGAUUCCAUGAGCAGCAGCUACGCUGGCAUCAGCAUGAGAGCACUAGCGCACAAGCUUGUGCAACACAUGCCAGCUACACCAGGACGUUACAGAGUGGAUCCCUAUGUUGCGGAUGCUGGAAUUCAACUACACAGCUACAACUGUGGAGUAGAAGCGAAAGCGUGGGGAAACCCCAGCGUGCUACUUGCAGCCAUGGAUGCCAAUCAACUGCGCGAGCUGGAGACACUGUGCCGCGUGCUUUACGAGAGCGGCAACGAGGUGGAGCGUGCGCACGCGCAACAGGCUGUGCUUAUCCUGCAGAGCUCAGCCGAGUACAUUCCACAGUGUCAGUAUGUGCUGGACAAUUCGUCGUCCCCUUACGCGCUUCUCGUAGCCAGCACCAGCCUCACCAAGCUCAUCACCUCGCACUGGAACAACUUUACCAUACCACAGCGCGUUGAUAUCCGUAAUUAUGUGCUGGGCUACUUGGCCCAGAAGGGGCCAACACUGGAAAAAUUCGUGACGACAUCGCUAAUCCAGAUGGUGUGUCGCCUCACUAAGUAUGGGUGGUUCGACGAUGAGCAGCACCGCGAGAUCGUGGCCGAGGUGACCAAGUUUCUGCAGGCUACAGUGGACCACUGCGUUAUUGGUCUGCAGAUCUUGAGUGAACUCGUCACAGAGAUGGAUUUACCCGUGGCAGGACGUAACAUCACAUUCCACCGCAAGAUCGCUGUAUCUUUUCGAGAGGAUUCGCUCUUCCGGAUCUUCCAGGUGGCACUUACCUCCAUUAAGCAGCUCCAGAUGCACAAUAUUCGAGGCGCCACGCCGCAACAGGAAGCCAGGAUGGGUGACCAGGCGCUGUCGCUGCUCAUCAAGUGUCUGUCCUUCGACUUUAUUGGCACCAACCCGGACGAAUCGUCCGAAGAGACGGGCUCACUCCAGGUACCCACUUCGUGGCGCUCGGUUAUCCAAGAUCCGGACACGUUGCAGCUGCUUUUUGAUUUCUACAAGACGACCAGCCCGCCCAACACGUCCAAGUGUCUCGAAGCGCUCAUGCUGUUUGCAUCCGUGCGUCGAAACCUCUUUUCGCCGGACAAAGAGCGCAGCGUGUACCUCGCCCACCUGUUGAAAGGAAUUUGCGCCGUCUUGCGAGCUCAGGAAGGACUGUCAGACCAGCAAAACUACCACGAGUUCUGCCGCCUGAUUGGGCGGUUGAAAUCGAACUACCAGCUCUCGGAGCUCAUGAAGACCGAGUCUUUCCAGGAGUGGAUGGACCUCACGCCCGAUUUUACGAUCAAGUCUUUCCGGCAGUGGCAGUGGUCUGCAAACUCGACGCACUAUUUGCUGGCGUUGUGGGCGCGUCUUGUGGCUGCGUUGCCUUACGUGCGCGCAGACGCCGUGCCGGGCUCUCCGAACUCGGGGGCUAUAAACUUCCUGGACACGCGCGUUCCUCAGGUGAUUCAGGCCUAUUUGCAGUCGCGUCUUGAUUCAGCUGAGCAAUGCGCUCUUGACGACACGCUGGACAACCCGCUGGAUGACGAAGGAGGUCUGUAUGAGCAGCUAGAGAAGCUGCCGACGCUGUGCCACUUCAACUACCGCCAGACGGGAGAGUACAUCGUAUCGGUCUUGGACCCAAUUCUGAAUCAAUACACGGAAGCCUGCAGCAUCUUGGACCAAAGCGGAGGGGCAGCGAUCCCACCGCAGCAGCAACAACAGCUGCAAAGCAUGGAGAACCAGGCAGCCUGGCUUGUCUAUGCCAUUGGCGCCAUUAUUGGCGGACAAACGUACUCCUCAACGUCGACGGAGGGCGACGAGCUAGUAGACGCGGACCUGUCCCAACGAGUUUUCCGUGCGAUGCAGUUGACUGAGCAUCGGAUCAUCGCGUCAGGCGGCCAGACGAAACCUAGCGUGCACUUUGAGUUAUCGUUGCUAUACUACUUUAGCAGCUUCCGCAAGAGAUACAUUGGCGAGCAGCAUGGCAUGCCAUCGGCCUCUACGCCGUCCUCGUCCAUGCAGCCUGCGUCGGCCGGGUCGGCCUCCUCGCCUAUUAUGGCCCCUAGUGAGAGUGCCAUGUCCUCUAAGCACAAAGCAUACUUGCGCAUGUUCGAGCGCCUAGGACUGGGCGACCACACGGUCGUGGUCAACAUGAUGGUAACGAAAGUUGGCAACAAUCUCAAAUUUUGGGGGGGGACGGAGGUCAUUAUUAGCAAGACAUUGGUGCUUUUCUUUGAGGUGGCGUCUGGAUACUCGUCAGGCAAGCUGCUUCUCGGGCUGGAGACUGUGCAGUAUCUCAUCGGGAAUCACACAGCAGAGGAGUUUCCCUUCCUGGCGGUUCCUGCCAAUACACGACACCGAACGACGUUCCACUCGACCAUCGCGCGGCUUAUUUUCACGACAGCGUUCGAUGAGUCUUCAGAGCGGUUCGAACGAUUCAUGGAGCCCAUCGAGAACGUGCUCAACCAGCUCCUGCAGACGCCGAACUACCGUGUGCCGGAGGUUCGCGAGGCUGUAAUUGGUGUGUGUCGAGACCUGCGCGGUAUUAUCCAGCAGACGCACAACCGGCGCACAUACAGUUGCAUCUUCGACCUGCUCUACCCGGCCUACUUCCCGGUAUUCGCUCGUGCCGCCGACGAGUUGUACGACCACCCGGCGGUGACCACAGCUCUGCUCAAGUUCUUGCAGGAGCUGGCAUACAAUAAAGCUCAGCGUGUGACAUUCGACCAGAGCUCCGCCAGCGGUAUCUUGCUGUUCCGCGAACUCAGCAGCGUUGUGGUGGCGUAUGGACGGCGGAUACAACCAGUGCCGGCAGGGAAGAACCCAUACGGCGAUAAGUAUAAGGGCGUGGCGCUGUGUCUGGGUAUUUUGUAUCGUGCGCUGGGCGGCAGCUACGUGAAUUUUGGCGUGUUCCAGCUGUACAACGACAAGUCGUUGGAGAACGCGCUAGAGAUCGCGCUGCAGCUUGUCCUAUCGAUCCCCCACGAGGACUUGAUGCACUACCCGAAGGUGAAGAACGCGUACUUUUUCUUUCUGGAGAUUUUGUUCCGCAACCAGUUAGCAUCCGUGGUGGCGUUGGAGGACGGCAUCUUCCGACAGCUCGUGCAGUCGCUGCACGAAGGGAUGAACUCGUACGACUUGGCGAUUGCUGCUCAGUGUGCGACGGCAGUGGACCACGUAGCGUCGCUGUAUUUCCACGAGAUGAAGAAGAAGCGCGAUACGCCUGUGAAGCACGCUCUUCGUGCACAUGUACAAGCGUCGCCCAAUAUGUGGUCAACACUACUGGCGGCGUUGCUGGACAUUCUGGUGUACGGCGAGGCGAAUUCGCAGUGGGCGCUUUCUCGACCGAUCCUGAGUCUCACACUCUGCAGCGAAGAAGCGCUCACCAACUACCAGCAACAGUUGAGCUCUUCGCAGCCACCCGAGAAUCGCGCACAGAUCGAGGAGGCGUUUGCUGCCCUGUUCGCAGACGUCCGCCCCAACUUAGAGGCUGCGAAUCGCGACAAGUUUACGCAGAGACUCGGCCAGUUCCGCAACACACUGCGCGGCUUCCUCACCAUCCAGUAA